UCUCUCCAUGGCUGGAUUGUGGCAGCAGCUCAGCUCCCUGUGGCAGGUUCGAGCUCCGGCUCUCCUCCACCUCAUCUGUCUUCUCUACCUAACCUCAGAUGCUCUUCCCUCGGAUACCAAAGCCAGCCCACCCCCUCUGGAGAGGUUUCAGGUAGUGAAGGGGAAUUUCUCUCGGAUUUUCCUCCAUGUUGGCUACCAUAAGGUUGCAGAGAUUCCUGCAGGAGCACGCAACAUCAGCAUACAGGAGACGAUAAAGAGCCGAAACUACCUGGCUCUGCAGACCAAAAGUGGUCUCUCCAUCAUCAAUGGCAACUGGGUGAUUGACAGGCCAGGGAUCUUUAUUGCUGUAGGAACACGGCUGACGUACCAACGACCCAAUGAAAUCCGCUCUCGCAACGGGGAGUCCAUCACUGCACCCGGGCCGUUGAUUGAGGACCUGCAUGUUUAUUUGAUCUACCAGCAACCAGGUCCCAAUGUAUACUAUGAAUACAGUGUGCCUUUACAAAUGGCUCACUCCACUCCUGAACCAGACGCACCUUCUGAUAUUCAGCCCCUGGUUCAGACAAUAGGCCCAUCCCACUCAAGUGAGGAGGUCACAAGCAAUGGCAUCAUCAAAGAGGAACUCCACCCUAACCAGGUUCUCCCCGACCCCAGCUCGAACUCUGACCCUUGGCCCACCUACACCUGGACAAAGAGUGGGCGCAGAGAGUGCAGCACAACCUGUGGCACUGGCAGGCGUCAGGUACUCUGGGAGUGUGUUGAGAAAGAUUCCCAGGCGACUGUUCCUGCUGACCUCUGUGACCCUGCCCUUGAACCAACAAACCGGGAAGAAAACUGCAACACCCAGUCCUGUCCUCCAUACUGGGACGUGGGGGAGUGGUCAGAGUGCAGCAGGAGUUGUGGACCCGGCACUCAGCGACGCCAAGUCAUCUGCCGCCAGGUCACUCAUGCUCACGCCAACGGGACUGAGACCUCGGUUACUGUGGCACCAGAGUUGUGUGGGACAUCUGAUAGGCCGGUGACCAAGUCGACAUGUCAGCUAAAGAUUUGCAGCCAGUGGGAGAUACAAUCUGAGUGGAGCCCGUGUUCAGUGCCAUGUGGGGUGGGCCAGCGCAGCAGGGAGGUGGUGUGUGUGAGCAACCAGGGUGAUGAGGAGGAGGAUGAGGAGUGCAACAUGAACCUGAAGCCGGACACACUACAGAACUGUGACAUGGGAGCCUGUGCAAGCAGCUGGUUCAGCUCCCUCUGGAGUCAACGGUGCUCUGCAGAGUGUGGUCGAGGCAAUCGAACCCGGACGACAGUGUGCCUUAUAGAUCACGUGACUGAUCUCCCACUGGAAAGCUGUGAAGGGGAACGCCCACCAGAAGUGACACUGUGUGACUCUGGCCCCUGCCAGAACCGCCUGGAGUGGUACACCGGACCCUGGGGCCAGUGUUCUGCAGAGUGUGGGAAUGGCACACAGACCCGGAGUGUGGCUUGUAUUUUCAACAACAACGGUCACAUGAAGGUUGUGGACCAGUUAAAAUGUUCCAGUCUCUCUCAGCCAAUCACAGCUCAGCCCUGCAGACUGAAGCCAUGUGGUGUCCAGUGGUAUAUCACAGAGUGGAGUGCAUGUUCACGUUCCUGCAGCGGUGGCUACCGUGUGCGUGAGGUGCGUUGUCUUGCUGACAACAUUGUCCCAAGUGACCGUUGUGACCCCAGUUUGACCCCCGAGAGCCGAGAAGAAUGCAACAAACAACCUUGUUUAGCAGAGAUAAAUCCAUCUUGCGGCGACCAGUAUCAUAACUGUAUGGUGGUGGUUCAAGCCAGACUCUGCAUUUACCCUUACUAUAGAAGUGUCUGCUGUGCUUCCUGCUCCCAGAAAACAUACCCCAAUGCAUUUCAAAAGAACCACAUCCGCAGGUGAUGCUGCCUCUGGAAGGUUAAACUCACUUCAGGUCACUAUCAAAUCUGAAAAAACUGCACCAUGAAAAUGACACCUAGCUUUGUUUGAGGAGUGCCUCAGUAGGAGGGGAUAUAGAGCAUGGUCUUCAACAGAUUGACUGACUGGGUACUCCGUUGCUUUCUUGUAUUUUAUGAACAUGCCCACACACAGCAUGAAAACUGCCAUUAGAGGUUGUGUAGGUUUAGAUAGUGUUUUCAUCCUCAGUGUAACUUCAAACUGGACUGGUCCCAUUUGGUGAUGUACUUGUAUAUUUAUUCUAAAUAAAGGGUGUGUAACUUCUA